AUGAUGAGAAUAGAAAACGUACGUAAGGGACCUUGGUAUGAAGAGGAAGAUGAGAGGCUUAAAACUUUUGUGGCGGUUUUGGGUGCACGACGAUGGGAUACAGUAGCUAAGAUAUCAGGGUUAAGGAGGAGUGGAAAGAGCUGCAGGUUAAGAUGGUUGAAUUAUCUUAGACCUUGUCUAAAGCAUGGUUGUAUCACUCCACAAGAACACCAACUUAUACUUAAAUUACAUGACAAAUGGGGUAACAAAUGGGCUAAGAUUGCUCGAAGAUUACCGGGAAGAACAGAUAAUGAGGUUAAGAACUACUGGAGAAGUCAUCUUAGAAAGGAAGAGCAAAUGCAAAAUUCAUUGUUGGAAUUGCACCACCCAACAUCAACAUCAACAUCAACAUCAACAUCAACAUCAACAUCAUCAUCAUCACCAUCAUCAUCAUCAUCAUCAUCCCCUGCAUCUAACAUUUCUUUCGUACAAACAUCUUCUUCAAAUGAUCAUACCACCAUGCCCAACAAUUAUUCUAAUCAACAAAAAGUCGAUACGAUCACUCCAGAAAUAUAUAGUGAUGACAGUAUUUUUGAAGCCGGACGUCUAUCAGAUUCUAUCAACUCACCUUAUGAAAACCGGCUAUCGGAUUGGAUGAAUAUGCUGUCAGAGGAUCUAACUUAUAACGAUAACUACAGUACAGGCUGUUGGGAAAUUAGUAAUGGUUCACCAGAUUUAUGUUUAGAUUAUCCAAUCACCUGGUGUAUUGAAUAUGCUACUGUUGCAUGGGAUACCAAUUGGGAUAUGGAUUUGUUCAAUAUAAAUUUAUAAAACCUUUUGGUUUGCUAGCUUAAUUUUUAGA